AUGGUUCGGUUAACACCGAUACUACGAUGGAGCGAUUAUUUUAAUGUUCCGAAACGAUAUGUUGAACGAGUUAAAUUCAAUGGAACAGCUAUCGAGGGUAAUAUGAAUAUUGUACCACAUAAAACAAUAAAACAUAAUGAUCCAUGGGUAUAUACAAAUGAUCCACCUUGGACGGAUCUUGCUCAACGUAAGAAUGAUCCACGACAAGGACAUCAUCGUCCGCAACUUAUUGAACCAUUGAAAACAUGGGAUUUUUUUCGUGGAGAUGUUGUUGAAGUUAUGGUUGGUAAAGAUAAAGGCAAGCAAGGCAAUAUUUCUGCGUAUAUUCGUGAACUCAAUGCCGUCUUUGUAUCUGGACUUAACUUAGAAAUUCAACGAAUCAAUGGUGGCGCUAUUGCAGCUACUUCAAUUGCUGCUAAAGAAAAACCACUUAUCGUUCCACAUCAAGUUAGAUUAAUUGAUCCAUACGAUGGUAAACCGUGUACUAUCGAAUGGCGUUAUACAGCUGAAGGUGAACUUGUCCGUGUAUCAACUCGAUCUGGUCGAAUUAUUCCUAAAUCACCUGCGUGGGAAGAAACUAGUGAUUAUGCAAAAAAAUCUACCUAUAAACCCGGUCUUGACGAUACCAUCGAUGCUGAACUUAAACGUGUUACAUUUGAGCCUAAACUACUGACUGUUGCCGAGGAAUUAAUGCAAGCUAAUGGCAUUGUCGAGACUAGAAAACGUGGCCCUGUUUAUAUUUAUUAG